AUGUAUACCUUAAUUGAAAACUAUGAUCAUUUCAAUAAAUUGUUAGAAGACGCUUGUGACAAUCUCGUGGUUGUCGAUUUUUAUGCUGAUUGGUGUGGUCCGUGCAAAGCAAUUGCACCUGAAUACGAAAAGUUAUCUAAGUGUGAUGAAUACAAAAAUGUCGUGUUUCUUAAAGUUGACACUGAUAAGCAGGAGCAAGUCUCAUCAGAACAACAAAUCACGUCUCUUCCUACUUUUCGAUUUUUCAAGAAUAAACAACGUUGUGGUAAUGAUGUAAUCGGUGCUAACCUUACUAAAUUGAAAGAAGGAAUCGAAA